AUGUCGCUAAAACAGGAAAUAGAGACUUGGGUCUCUGCACUCACGCAAUAUGACAAUAGCGAGUUCGAUGCUGCUUUGCAAGAGUUCGAAAAGAUUGCCGACACCUCCAAGAUCCUCUUCAACAUGGGAGUGAUUCAUGCGACUCUGGGUCAACACGAGCAAGCUGUCGAGUGUUAUCAACGAGCGAUCCGACUCGAUCAGUACCUAGCUGUCGCAUACUUCCAACAGGGUGUUUCCAACUUCUUGCUUGGCGACUUCGAAGAGGCAUUGGCCAAUUUCAACGAUACACUCCUAUAUCUCCGAGGCAACCAAGUCAUCGACUAUGCGCAGUUGGGCCUUCUCUUCAAGCUUUAUUCAUGCGAAGUCCUCUUCAACCGCGGUCUAUGCUACAUCUACCUUCAACAAACCGAAGCUGGUAUGCAGGAUUUGGCAUAUGCGGCCAAGGAGAAGGUGGUCGAGGACCAUAACGUGAUCGAUGAAGCGAUCAAGGAGAAUGCAGAGGGCUACACUGUUUUCUCUAUUCCAGUGGGCGUCGUCUACCGACCAAACGAGGCGAAAGCUGGGAAACUGGAAGUCAAGGAUGAUAGGCCAGCCGAGUCGCUGUCUUUCGCCGCUACCAACCUCGUCAAGCCUGGGCUACAGAGCAGAAGGCAACAAUCGGAGCCCCCGACCAACCGCAGCAUGUUCCCGCCGACACCGCCGCCCGAGAAUGAGAAGUCACAGAUGAGCCGCGGUGCUUCUGUCCGAAACGGCCCCAAGCCCAUGCCGGCUAAGCUCAACCUCGAUAAGGUCCGACCGAGCGAUCGUUACGAAAAGACCUCGCCGGAAGAGCCCCCAAGGCGGCCUUCUCGCGCAGCAUCGGCCACCCCAUCCCGAGGUUUCUCUCAACGCGACCAGCAGCCGCCGCCAAGAAUGAGACGGAAUCAACAGGAAGAGGAGGACAGUUACGCAGGGGAUUUAUACGAUAUGAGUCAGCGAGGCACCCCCGCCCCUCGAUACAUCCAGGAAGAGGACGAAGAGAGCGAUUAUGACGUUUCCUUUGACGAGGGCGAAUUUGAGAUGGUCUCCGGUCGUAGGCCCAGUUCCAACACGGUUCGAAGCUCCGGAGGGCGCGGUUCAUCUAGGCGGCCUGAACUUCGCACCAUCCGGGUUAAGGUCCAUGCUGGCGAUGUUCGCUACAUCAUGGUCGGAACUGCCAUUGAAUUCCCUGACUUUGAGGAGAAGAUCAGGAGCAAGUUUGGCAUUCGCCGCCGCAUCAAGAUCAAAAUCAAGGAUGACGACUCGCCAGAAGGUGAUAUGAUCACGGUGGGCGAUCAGGAUGAUCUUGACAUGCUCAUUCAAACGGUCAAGCAAAAUGCCAGGAAACAAAAAUUGGAGACUGGGAAGAUGGAGGUCUGGGUCCAGGAGAUAUAG